AUGAAGCUCGCUGGUGCUCUUCUGCGCGCACGUCGUCCGUCUUCGCUACGUUUUGCAGUCGCUGCAAACGGUGGACAAUGUGUUGCCCCGAAGUCCCGCAUCGCGGGACUAUCCACCUCGUCGAGUCCGCUGGCGGAGGACAAAAAGUCGAUCCUGGAGCUGCUGCAGCGAGUGGCGGAGGGGAAGGUCUCACCUCAAGCGGCGGCGGAGCUCUGUGGCCCCGCUGCGGAGUACGAGACAGUGGGGGAUUUUGCAAAGAUCGACACCAAGCGGGAGGCGCGCACGGGGUUCCCGGAGGUCGUGUAUGCCGAGAGCAAGACGCCAGAGCAGGUGGCGGCUAUCAUGAAGGUCAUGAUUGACGGGGGCGAGGACAAUGUCAUGGCUUCGCGCGUGACGCCGGAGGCUGCGGAUGCUAUUCAAGCGUUGAUGCCGGGUCAGCAUUUGACGUACUACGAAGUGCCUCGUAUCUUGGCCUCAAAAUCUUUGGACGCCGCGAAGAAGGAGGAAAGUACUGAGGAUCAGGAGAAGAAGACCCCCACCGCAUGCGUGCUCUGCGCGGGAACUUCAGAUCUCCCUGUCGCUGAAGAAGCCGCUGUUACACUUGAACUGGCUGAUUAUAAGGUCACUCAACUUUACGACGUGGGUGUGGCUGGGAUCCACCGCUUGCUGCGCAACCAGCACGUCCUGCGGGCAUCGGACGUCGCAAUUUGCGUUGCUGGCAUGGACGGCGCCUUGCCCGGCGUUGUGGGCGGUCUCACAUCUUCACCAGUGAUCGCAGUCCCUACGAGCGUUGGCUACGGAGCGGCGUUCGGCGGCCUAGCUCCAUUGCUCACAAUGCUCAACGCGUGCUCGCCUGGAGUGGGUGUCGUCAACAUCGACAAUGGCUUCGGUGCCGCCGUCCUCGCAGACGAGCAACUGAAGAGAAUCGCGGAAUUCGGACGCGUGCACGGGACUGUAGUGCAAGAAGCCAAGCAGUACGUGAGCAAUAUGGAGGUGCAGUUAAGUCGCCAGUUCGAAGAAGAGCGGGCGGCGCUGCGUGCUCAGGCGGAGGAG